CAAAGACGGGAAAGGCCCGGAGGAGCUCUGGUUUGGAGACACUUGCCCCCAGAAGGAAAGAAAAAACAGUGGCUGGAGGGGAGAAAUGGCUGUGUACAGAGCAAGCUUUUCUCAUUCUUUUCCAAGGAUGAGACUUGGAACAUGACUGUGGGCUCAGAAGAAGGAUCCAGUUGAAAAGGCUGCCGGAGGAGGCUGCGAGAGGAAGUCUGACCCGCCAAGCACAUCUGGAAGUGGUUUCAGGGGCCACAUCACUCAGCCAGCACAACGCCUAGAUUCCCAGCUGCCUGGAACAGGGGUGGAAGAAACCCGAGCUGCUCCAGAGUCUGCACAAGCAAGGGAGGUGCAGUGGGGGAGGAAGACUGUCUUGGAAACGGAAUAUUGGCCUUGAGGCUCUCCAGCCCUUUGAGAUUUCCAGUGGGAUCGUAGAAGCAGCUGAAGCAGCGUGAAGGGCAGCAUCCCAGGGCCAGCCACCAUUUGAAUGCUCUGCCCUGCAGCUCUUCUGGACGAAGGAGCCCUGCCCUCACCACCCACCAGGUCACAGUUUUUAUCCACAUGAACACACAUGGCUUUGUUACGAAAAAUUAACCAGGUGUUGCUGUUCCUUUUGAUUGUGACCAUCUGUGGGAUUCUGUAUAAGAAAGUUCAUAGGGGGACUGUGCUCAGGAACGAAACAGAUGAUGACUCUGAGACUCCUGAGGAUAUGGAAGAUGAGAUUCCGGUGGUGAUUUGUGCAGCAGCAGGGAGGAUGGGUGCGGCUAUGGCUGCCAUCAACAGCAUCUACAGCAACACUGAUGCCAACAUUUUGUUCUAUGUAGUGGGACUCCGGAACACUCUGUCCAGAAUACGAAAAUGGAUCGAACAUUCUAAACUGAGAGAAAUAAACUUUAAAAUCGUGGAAUUCAACCCUAUGGUCCUCAAAGGAAAGAUCAGACCAGACUCCGCGAGGCCUGAACUGCUCCAGCCUCUGAACUUUGUUCGAUUUUAUCUCCCUCUGCUUAUCCAUCAACACGAGAAAGUCAUCUAUUUGGAUGAUGAUGUAAUCGUACAAGGGGACAUCCAAGAGCUGUACGACACCACCUUGGCCCUGGGCCACGCGGCAGCUUUCUCAGAUGACUGCGAUUUGCCCUCCUCCCAGGACAUACACAGACUUGUGGGGCUGCAGAACACGUAUAUGGGCUAUCUGGACUACCGGAAGAAGACGAUAAAAGACCUUGGCAUCAGCCCCAGCACUUGCUCUUUCAAUCCUGGUGUGAUUGUUGCCAACAUGACGGAAUGGAAGCACCAGCGUAUCACCAAACAAUUGGAGAAAUGGAUGCAAAAAAAUGUAGAGGAAAAUCUCUACAGCAGCUCCCUGGGAGGAGGGGUGGCCACCUCCCCAAUGCUGAUUGUGUUUCACGGGAAAUACUCCACCAUCAACCCCCUGUGGCACAUAAGGCACCUGGGCUGGAAUCCAGAUACCAGAUAUUCGGAGCAUUUUCUGCAGGAAGCAAAACUACUCCACUGGAAUGGAAGACAUAAACCUUGGGACUUCCCUAGUGUUCACAACGACUUAUGGGAGAGCUGGUUUGUUCCUGACCCUGCAGGGAUAUUUAAACUCCAUCAUCCCAACAGCUGAUAUAACACGACAUUUUAAAUAUUUCCUGUAUAAAUAAUGUGGAAUUGUCCAUUUGUAGCCUACUAUACCACCGUUCUUUAUGAACAGUACCUUUGAUACAAAUGAUCCACAAAAACAAAAAACCCUACUGUGUACAAAUAGUACCUUGAAUCAUAUCGGUAUUGAUUUACUUCCUUAAGCACAAGUGGCAAUUAUAGAAGAUAAUGUGAGUGAAACAUGCUAUUGGGAAGAAAUAAACCCAGAUAGAUUUCAGCAAUCAAUUUGCUUAACUCUGAAUGAAAAUUAUAGCCACAAAUUUAAAACAUUUCUAAAUAUAUUUUUCACAUGUAGAUUUUUUUUUUUUUUUUAAAUUUUUCCGAACGCGCAGGCUCAGUGGCCAUGGCUCAUGGGCCCAGCCGCUCUGCGGCAUGUGGGAUCUUCCCGGACCAGGGCACGAACCCAUGUCCCCUGCAUUGGCAGGCGGACUCUCAACCACUGCGCCACCAGGGAAGCCCUCACAUGUAGAUAUUUUUUAACAGGUUGUCAGUCUUGUCUUGGGUAGAACAAUAUAUUACAUUUAAAACAUGAAAUGUCUAAAAAAAAAUAAAAUAUUCAUAGAUUUUUAAUGAUUUUAAUUAUAUAUUAUUCUACAUGUUAAAUAUAGUAGAAGACAAACUGAUCUCAGGUUAACGAGGGGAAAGAAUACCAGUAAGUCUUACUAAAGAAGACAAUGCAACUUAAGGAUAAUCAUAUUCAAUAUUUUUUAUUGUAAAAACCAUCAGAUUUUCAAAUGAAUUUAAAAACUUUUUAAAUAUUAUUUAAUGAAAAAGUCUCAUAUUGUUGUAUAUAGGGUAUAUCAACAUUUACUGUUCAUCUGUCAUAUUUAAUGAAAAACACCAUUAUUGUAUGCUUGAAAAAAAUCUUCAAACCCAUUCUCUAGUGCGUGUCCAUCAUAAUUUAAAAGGUAUUUUCUCCACUAAAAAAAAAAAUCUAUGUAAGGCUCUAAUUGUUAAAAACCAAAGCAAUACCUAGUUACAUGCUUUACAGAGUCCCAGGAAAAAAAUAAUUAAAUUGUUCCUAUCCCUGAUGCAAGGCACUUCAAAGCACCUGCACAAAACAUCCAUGUAAACAGCAGUACAGUACGUGAUUUAAAUAACACGAAUGACUUUUACACAGCUUUACCUAGACUAAAGGAAAAAUAAAAUCCAUCAGAGCUAUAGCUACAAAGUCAUGGUAAGAUUCACAACAAUAAUUUGUAUCUCUUAUUACAAAAAAAACCAGGCCAUAUAACCUUUUAGAAAAAAAAACAAAACCUCAUAAAUAUUUUCAUAUCAAGAAACAGCAUGCUCCCUGGGUAGGUAUAAAAUCAGAAUAUUCAGAAGUGAUCAGGAGUAAAUGCAACUGGCAUUUCUGAAUACCCAGCUUUGAUAUCCACCAGGCCCAGUAGUCUGGACUAUUUGUAGCACCAUGGAAAAUGCAUUAGAAAAUCACAAAGGUACAUUACUUCAAAGUAACCUGGCCAUGAGGUUCACUUAGUCCACAGUAACAAAGAGCAAUGAUGAAGAGAAAGAAUUUUUUAAAAUUACUGGCUUAUUCAAUUUACCUAGCAAGAAAAAUCCUGUAUUAUUUUAGUACAUCUCAUGUACAUAAAGCACCAGUUUAAAUAAGAUUAUCAAACACCUCCAGCAUCUUGUUACUCAGUCUGAAAGUUCAUUUCUCAUCAUUUCCAUGUUACAUGCUUAAAGCCAAGGAGGAUAAAAUUUGAAUGGUGAUAGAUACUGAGAGAGAAAUUCAGUUCCUUCCCUAUCAAAUGUAUGUCUCUCAAGUAAAACACAGAUGAAGUAGCAAAUUUAAAAGGUCUUCUGCACUCUCUGGAACUUAACCAUCCCAGCAGAAUAGUGUCUGCCUACUAGAGGACCAACACAUGGGGGUGAGAGGGCCAAAGCCAGGGCUCAUGGCCCUGACAUGUAAGGCCGGGUUAGCCUUGCUGCUGCAAGGCCAUACUCCCCAUUUCUACUACCAAGCAACUCUCAGAAAUGCUCACCCCUGGUAAAGCAAGGAGGUCUGAGUGCGAAUACAACUCAGGAAGCCCAUCAAACACCACUAAAAACUACCAAAUGAGACUCCACUGAGGGUUAACCUCACAGAUGAAAAUCAGCACAUUUGCCUCUUUACCAGUGGGAAUCUUAUCAGCACGCCCUUCUUACGCAUGAAAGGGAUAACGGUGCGUCUAAGUUUAUGCACAGUUAAUAAUCAAGUGUAAAUAUGCAGACUCAUUUUUAAAUUACAGGUUAAAAAUGACUCCCAAAAGGAAAUCAAUUUCUUCAUAAAUGAAAGAUAGUUUAUAAAAAGCUGGAAUGAUGAUUAAUUCCAAUACAAAAACUCAUACACAAAAAAACUCUACUUUCUCCUUCCAAAGUACUUAGGUCCGUAAGUAGUUCUACUGUACCAUGAUUACAUCACCAGAGUAAAAUAUGAAUAAAAUACUUCAGUUAACAAACCACUUUGAGGUGGUGUCAAGAGGGCCACUUCUUGACAACUGCAUUAAAACUGCAGCAUUUAAGCAGGGCAGAGAAACACCAUUCUUAAGCAUGGUUUCCUUCUUCCUGUUCUUGCAUCCCACAGUGAUUAUUAAAGGAAGGAAUCUGGUCUGUAAAUGACUGGGUCAUCCACUGCCCAUUUGGAAUGUCACUGAAAGUUGAUCCUCCACUGUCAGCUGCUGGCAGGAGGGGGGGGGAAGGGGGGAAGAAUGUUAGUUUACUCUAUCUGAAAGCUUUAAAUGAUCUAAUUAGGUGAUUUUAACGGUCCAGUGAAGGAGAGCUGUUAUUAAAAUAGUUAAGCAAGCUUCUUGAAUACAAUUGUAAAUUUCUAUUCUAUUUUAAGAUAUGGACUGAUAAAUCCUCAUUUGUUAUCCAAGGAGGGAAAUGCACUUAGGAUGACUUAGAGUCAGUGACUUAAAGAAAAUGAGCUGUAAAAGCUUGUGAAGUUAAACACCAAAUAACAAUCGAAUUUUCACUCUAAGUCACUAAAUAGAUUUUUGUAUUUCCGUUCCCAUUCUUCAGGAAUUUACUCUCUCUAAAAAAACUUCUUUCCCCAAUCCUGGCAAAACCAAGUCUUUGAAAGAAACAAACAGAUGGAGGGGACAUACUCAGCCCAUCUGAAGAGAAGCUGCAAGGUUCACUACCGCACGGAUUUUCACUAUAAGCACCACCGUACGCUGCUUCAUAACCCGGAUCAUACUUUUCUUCCUUCACAGCCAUCUUCUUUGCAUCCUCUGUGAGAAGGGUAAAAGGGAUUUAAAACUGAUUUUGUAUAACAAUUUUGAAGAUAGCUUUAUUCAAAAAACAUUAUCGUGAACAAAUCUUUUUCUUGAAUGUCACAUCUGAGACACAACUUUCGCUUUAAACUCUUUGUAACAUAAACCAAAUUAACUCAUAAAAGCUGUCAAAACCUAUUAGAUUUAAUUUGAGGUGAGCUGCACUGUUUCUUGGCUCCUAGACAUCUGCAGGAGCGCCCAGAUGAGACAGGAAGUCCUUGGGAAAAGGAUUUUAAUAGUGACUAACACCUGUUAUCAGAGCACUCUGGGUGCUAAUAUAAUUGUUUUCUUCGCUCCUGCUUAAUUUAAAAUUCACAGCAUACUUUCUAUAAUGUAGAUAUACAUGAAACAAACAACAGGAGUGACAGUGGUAACAUACCUUGGGCUAGCUGCAGGUCAAAUGUAUAUUGCACCUCUUGGACGUCUGUGUUUCGCUCAAUGCCUUUCAACUGAUCUCUUAAGUCUUUCAGCUUAAUGUAGUAAUGAACUUUGUCCUGGGCUCGAGGAAACUGAGCACAUCUUGCACUGGAUGAUGGCAUAACAUAGCAGAGCUAGAAUCAUAACAUUUUGUAGUUAUAGAAAUCUUACAAUUCUAUUGAAUCCACUCAUCUUGAGAUUAGAAAAUCUUUCUUUCGGUUAAUAACUUGAUACUUAUAUAAAUAUAUGCAAAAUCAAUAAAACUAGCUGUGUUUGAGUUCAAAUUUGUAAUAUUUGCUUAGUACAAAGUCAGUAAAUCAAAAACAAUGAGGCUUCCCGCCUCCCCCAGUGUUCGUACAAAACGACAUAUAAGUAUACAAUGAAAAGUCUUUCCUCUAAAUUCUGUUUCUAUCCACGUAGUUCUCUUUUCCAAGGGCAAUCAAUUGCUAGUUCCAGAGGUUUUCCAUGAAUAUACAAUCAAAUAAAUGUAUCUGAUAUAUGUACUCUCCCUCACCCCUUUUAAAAACACACAAAUGGUAACAUGCUCUAUUCCCUAUCCUGCACCCUGCUUUUUUUACUCAACAAUGUAUCUCAGAGAUAAUUCUGUAUCAAAUUCAGUAUCAGGUGUCUAUAUCAGAGUAAAACAAGCUUCCUUUUUUAUAGCUGUGUAGUAGUUUCAUAAUUUAACCAGAGCCCACCUGUGGGCAUUUAGGUUGUUUCCAAUCUUUUAAUAUUAUAAGCUGUAGUAAAAAACCUUGUAUAUAUUUACUUUUGAAUAUGUGUGAGUCUAUCUGUUGGAUAAAUUCCUAGAAGUGGAAUGGCUAGGAAGAAAGAUAUUUGCAUUUAUCAUUUUGGAUGAUGAUGACAAAUUGUCCUUCACAGAGCAUAAAAUCUAUCAGGAUAUUUAUAUCUUACAUAAAAGAGUGAGGCUGCUGAAUUUUGGACUUUCCAGUUGCAAGUUUUUACAAUUUUUAAAUUGGCCUCUAUACCAUAUAUUACAGGAAAAAAACAAACCGUUAUUGACUUACAUUUUUUUGUUUAUGCAGCAUUUAGAAAAUCCUGAUUCAGAAAGAUAUGUAGGUGCAAACGCUACCAGGUUUUGUAACAGCACAUUUUCCAAGCUCAAGAUAGUCUUCAAUUAAAGUGAUCCAGAAACUUGAAAAAGUAGAUUUUUUCAAAGCUGGAUCACUAAUAUCAUCAAUAACUCUGAAUACUUCAUGAUAAAGAAUAAAUUUUAUAAGAUAAAUGCACUCACAGAUUAUUGUAAGAGCUAAAACUACCUAUCUUGAUAUGAUUCAGGUUCACUUUUUAUUGCACUACUAUGAUCACACAUCUAAGAGACACACCUGAGCCUCAUCUGGCAUUUAAGGGACAAUAAUGCAGUACUUUAUAGUAAGUAGUGAACUCAUCUGUACAAUUUUACCCAAGUAGACAAGGGUAGGCUGCAAUUUAAAGAAUGACCAGUGCUACAACCUACUUUAUCAAUCACGUAUUAGUUAAAAACAGAAGAAAUUUAAAAAGAAGUUAAAAUAUAUAUUGGUGGCAGAAACUUUAUUCUGAGGUCUCCACAAAAACUUGUCAGCACGUUGGCUUCUCGUCAUUUAAAAUGCUGUCUAUAACACAGAGGUCUGUGCAUGUGUAUUUUUAUUUUAAAAGUUGUAAACAAAACUUAAAACUAUAUUUAAGAAGCAAACUUUGAAUCAAAUGCCUGCAUAAACUCCACAGAAAUUAUAGUUUGAAAACCAAUGUGUUAUCUCAUGAUGCCUUUAUGUAUAAAGACAAUAGCACCAAAUGCCAGUCAGGUUGGCUGGAUGCCUGUCUGCAAUGGGGCUGUUCUGUUUAUAUGGCUCUAACAUGAGAUUGGGCCAGGAUAUAUAAACGGGGGGUGAUUAGCAGUUUCACUAAUCGGGAUCAUGUCUAUAUUUACAUGUUUGUUUCACAACUGAAUAAGGGCUAACCCACUUGGAAUUUGACAAGAAUAUGCCAUUAAAUAUAUUUUGAAUGAGCUUGUGAGCCAGCUCCUCUUGAUAUUUUAGCCCAAUAACAUAACUAACAUAAUGUCAUAAAGACAUUUAUCUGACAAAUGUUUCUUUUUCGAAUAAAACUAUAACAGUAUCUGAAUUAAUUUGCAACCAUUA